GACAGCUUUCGUCUUCGAGUUCCUUCCAGCGUUUAAUUUCGUGUGAUACUACAACACUUCAAUCGGACAUUAGUUUUUGUGUGUGCUUUAACGAAACCAGAAUGAAAGUGAUAAUUUGCGCCUGUGUCGUGCUGUUGCUGGCGUUCGGUGGCGUGGAAUGUGCUCCACAGGGACCGGCUACCGAACCGAUUCCCAUCAUACGCCAGGAGCAGGAGGUGAACCCAGACGGAAGCUACAGUUGGAGUUACGAGACGGGCAAUGGUAUUGUGACAGAGGAGCAGGGUUUUCUGAAAAAUCCUGGCACUGAGCAGGAAGCACAGGUGGCUCAAGGAGAGUAUUCGUACACCGCACCGGACGGGCAGCUCAUUCGGGUGCAGUACAUUGCGGACGAGAACGGUUUCCAGCCGCUCGGUGAUCACCUGCCUACGCCACCACCAAUCCCACCAGCAAUCCAGCGUGCGCUCGAGUACUUGGCCAGUCUGCCACCGAGUGAUGAUGCUUCGCGGAGGUACCCAACGCCUCGCUGCGGCUGCUGCCAGAUAUCGGAUCCAAGCUCGACAGCCAACAGUAGUGUAUUGCUUCUUCGAUUCUCUUCUAGCGUGACGUUAAGCAGUGGAAUUAGGUUCCGUGUGGCCGUAAUCAAAGUGUACACAGUCAACAUGAAUAAGCUCGCCAGUGUGCUCGUGAUCGCGUUAAUUGCAACCGUAGCGGCAGAUAAGGACGCAACCGUGCUGCGACAGGACGCGGAAGUCAACCCGGACGGUACAUACCAGUAUGCGUACGAAACUUCCAAUGGCAUUGUGGCGGAAGAACAGGGUACACUGAAAAACUUGGGAGAAGAGCAAGCUCAGGUGGCACAGGGACAGUACUCGUACACCGACCCGGAGGGUAAUCGAGUCUCGGUGCAGUACAUCGCCGACGAGAAUGGUUUCCAGCCACAGGGUGACCAUCUGCCGACACCACCACCAAUCCCGGAGGCAAUUGAGCGCGCCCUCCGACUGCUGGCAAACCUGAGCCGGAACAAGCCUUGCGGUGAAUUCACAAUGCGUCUCCAUUUGAGCUUUAUCGUUCUAGGCGCUGUAUUGGCAUGCGUCUUGGGUCAGGACGAUGGCAAAUACAGACCAUCGCCGAGAGAGCUGACCACUCAGCGGCCCCGACCAUACCAGCCGUACGUUGAUCCUAGAUAUCUUCAAUAUCCGUACAACACGUACCGUUACUCGAACGAUCGUCGCUACUACAAUCGAAAUGAUGGACGAUACAAUUCGGGUAAUGAUGGUAAAUACGUGCCUAGAAAUGAUGGCCGCUACGUGCACGUUGACAACCGAUACAAGCACGUGGAAGGACCCAGUGGCAGCGGCGCAGGUCAGGCAGGAUCUGCGGGCAGUGCAGGUGGCGCAGCAGGUGCUUCUGGAGCGGGAGCUAAUGCAGCUGAUACUAACCCACCAAAACCAGCAACCACUACUUCAGCACCAUCUGCACUGCCACCUACCCCUGUUCCAACGUUGGCUAGAAUAGCCCAGGUGAAGGUUGCUCCCAAGCCAGCAUACGCCCCCGAUGGAUGGAAAAUCAUACGUCUGGAAAACCAGGUGGAAAACGACGGUUACCACUAUGUAUUUGAAACCGAAAACGGAAUUUUAGCGGAAGAAGCAGGACGCAUCGAAGACAAGGGCACUGCUGCGGAAGGACUUCGUUCGCAAGGUUUCUACCAGUACGUCGGAGACGAUGGAGUAGUUUAUCGAGUCGAUUAUGUCGCUGAUGGCAACGGUUUUCUGCCGCAGGGUGACCAUAUACCAAAGGUGCCACCGGCGAUCGAAAAAUUGCUCAAAUAUUUAGCCGCACAACCAAAGUGAAUCUAAAGAAACCAAGUUAGAUUCACUUUUUUGAGGAACGAUAACGCUGUUUUACUGGUGAGAAUCAAAUCUUUGGAAAAGAAUGCUUCAUAUAGCGAAGAGAUUCGAAGACAAAUUCAAAAACGUAACGCUUUCGUAACGGCGUACAUGUGCUAUAAAAGAAUGUUUUAUAGGAAGAUCGUUGAUAUUACAAUGCAGGGCAGAGCCAUCAAUAUUACGAAUUAAAAUUUGAAUUUUGUUAUAUUUGUUUUAAUGUAAUACAAAAAAAUGUUUUUGAUGUAAUCCUAAACCAAUAAAAUACAAAAAUAAAUAAAUAAAACAAAAUUUUACAAUUUGCAUACUCACAUAA